AUGUCGGAGAGAAAAUUGACAUGGUUAAUCACUGGCUGCUCGUCGGGGUUUGGCCUGGCUCUGGCGCAACUUGCCCAAGCUUAUGGUCAUAACGUUAUCGCGACAUCCCGGAACCCGAGUCGCACACCAGAGCUGGUAGAAGAAUUCACGAAGAAGGGGGGUGAAUGGCUUAGACUGAACCAAGAUGAGCAGGACUGCGGACAUGUAAUUGAAGACAUCGAAGCGAGGGGACUAGCGAUCGACGUCUUAGUCAAUUCCGCAGGUAUCGGUAUGACAGGUCCUGCGGAAUGUUUCACUGAAGAAGAGGUUCAUCAGGUUAUGGAGACAAAUUUCUUCGGGCCAUAUCGAUUAAUGCGUGCGGCAGCGCCUCAUAUGCGCAAGAGACGCUCGGGCGUGAUUGUAAACUUCAGCAGCGGCUCCGGAAUGGAAGCCUCGCAGUCUCUAGGUGUUUAUGGCGCCUCCAAGUCAGCUCUGGAUGGUAAUUAUUCUCCUAUCGUGGUUGGAUACUAUUUAGGCUAA